GAUAUUGGGUAUCUUGUGUAAAUCUGAUGCAAUGUCUUCUCUUAUUCUGUUUUUCUUAACAAUUCUUUUUGGGAAAUCAUAUAGUCAAGGUACCGGGAGAGUGUUUAUUGGAGUUCCAAAUAAUUCAUCAUUUCCAACUUUUACUGUAACUAACAGUGUAGCUGGUGGAGUGACUGUCAAUGUUCCAGUUUACAUUGAUGCUGUGAAUAAUACAGUUAGUGAGAAUAUCAAUGGCAAUGUUGAUGUCACUUGUGAGAUGCGGGUCACAACAAGCGGCUACAGCAGUGCAGCAUUCUCAACCAGACGUCUGUCAGAUACAACACGCAGUGGAACUGUUCAAAUGAGUAAUUUACAAACUGGAAGGGUUGCAGGAUUUCAAUGUUUUGGAGAAUCUGUCACAGCUGGAGUGAAUCAGUUUACACGAGCAGGCUCAAGGAGUAGGGAAUCGUCUCUUACUGUAAUUAGUCCCCCCACAAUAAGCAUCUGUGCAGAGGAUACCAUAAAAGUCCUAAACACAAAUACUGCCCAACAGAGUUUUACAGUGGAAUUCAGUGACCAAGUGACCACUGCAGUAACUGUGAGCUGUACUAGAGCAAAUGGAACCAUGGUUCUGAACAUUCCAAAUAAUGUGGCACAAGUUGGUACAACUAGGUUACAGAUGGACUUCACGCUUACAACAGUGGGAACACCUGUACAAGUCAGCUGUUCUGCAACAGGAUAUAAUACAGGACCUUCAGUUGUAUUCCAGAUGAAUGAACCUGUUUUAGCAUUCUAUCCUCCUCCCUUCACAACAACAGCUACAAAAUUUGGGCUGUUAUUGCUAAUCACAAAUCCUCCCACCACUACUAUUCCCGUAAGCUGCCAGGCUAACCUCUACUCCUCUAGUACUGCCGCUCAGGGUGCCAAUAACAACCCUCCAUGUGGAGCCUCGCCUACUGCCACCACCACGACUGCCACAGUCACCACAGGCUCAUCUGUCUCAGCUGAUCCCAAUGCGACAACAUCUGCUCCUAUUCCAUCCACAACAUUAGUACCAUCAAUUCCCGAGUGGGGGGUUCUGCUUGAUUCUCCUGCUAUAGAGAGUACAAAUAAUUACAUACAAAUCAAAGUGGCGAGGAACUUGGCUGCUACAUCAUAUGUCCGGGAGUAUGUGGUUGUCAGCUGCUGCACCACAAAUCUACCAAACCAGCAACUUCAGGUUGCCACCUUGGUGGUGGCUGAUCUCAAUAAGAACAGGACUAUUGACUGGACAAAUGCUGCAGCUCAAGUGAGCGUGAACUCAGAAACACCAUACAAGAAUCCAGCAUUUGUCAACCUUUCACCUUGUCCAUGUGAUAUUACCCAGAAUGCCUGUGACAUGGAUUGCUGUUGUGAUAGUGACUGUACAACUUCAGACAAGAAUUCCUUUCGGGACUGUAUCAGUGGCCUGCUUGGGGGUCAGUCUGCCCCGUACCCGGAGUAUUACUGUAAAUCCUCACACCCCUUGAAGGAGGACUGGUUCCCUCUCAUGUGUGUGGAAAGGGAAUACAAUGCCCUCAUUGGAUUUUUCUAUGCUGCUUCAAACAACCUGAGAAAUACAGAAGCUCUAAAUCUUAAGAUGGCAUCAGAGAGUUUCUACUCAUACAGUCGUCCAGACCUGACUCCAACUCCAACACUCACCUACAAAACAGGAGUGUCUGUAAGGUCCAUCAAAGAGUCAGUAACAGCAGGUGGGGCUGCAGAGAGGGUUGGGACAGUUGUCCUUCCACAGAGGAUCCUGGCUGGACAGUGCCUGACUACAGCUCCUGUUCGCUACUUAAUGGACCGACAGUCUGACUGCAGCUUUACUCUGACCCGUGACAUGUGUAACAGUGCCAGUGUCUUUAGUGCCUUAUUUUAUAUUCAGUCCUCCACCACUAGAGAUCCUUCCUGCCCAAAUGCCUUCUCCAUCCAGGGCAGUCCAUCAGACUCUUUUCUGACAGAUACCAAUGUUAACUACUUCUGUACAUCAGACUUCUCAGGUUAUGUUAAAGAUACAUCAUCCAUAGCAGAUGUCACAACAUCAACAUUCUUCAAUUUCACAUUGCCCACUGAUCAAGAUUGCUUGGAUGUGUGUGGAAAUUAUAUAUGUGUAGAAAAUGUCCCAGUAGAUGUGACAGAGCCCACCAGAGGAUCCCGAUGUUCAUUUGAUGAUGGGUACACUCGCCCACCUGUGCCCACUGUCAGAAACAAUAUUUGUGAGAAUGUUGUUUUAGAUGUAAAGUAUGAUUUUCAGUGGAAAGGCACCAGGAUUGUCAGACUGGAUGCAACAGUUAUCCUGGGAAAUGUCCCAUUGUCAACAGCUGUGGCUCCUGUAGAGAUAACCCAGAAGUAUGAAGCUAAUUUCAAUUAUCAAUACGAAUCAAAUGGAACCAUAGCCUCUGAUAACUACAGGGGAGUCACCACAGCAUACGACCGCUCAACAGGUUAUGAUUUAGGUAAAAACCUGCACAGUGGAGUCCAGAUCAAUAAUGUGACAGAGAACACAUUCUUGUACAUCAACACCAACAAGUCUCAGCAAAUGGCUGUGUGGGACACAGGUGUUGAUGGUCUGUGUUUUAAUGCUGGCAGAAAGUUGAUUGAAUUUGGACAAGAUGUUUUUACAAGUUGUCUUGUAAAACUCUCUCUUCAAGACCUCAGGAAUUGUUCUAAUAUCAGGAAAACACUGAUCAAUAGACUAAAUAAUUUAAUGAAAGCUGACAAAAUUGGUCGCCUUGGUAACAACAAUCACUUGAAUUUAGCAUACUGGAUAGAUGUUGCAAGAGAGGAUGUAUCAGCUGUGUGUACUGGAUACCUGAACAGUGUUGAUGAUGCCACUAAUAACAGCAAACUAUCGUACGAGGCUCAGGGACUGUGUGUAGACAUUAUCAGUGGCAUUCACCUAGAUAUCAUGUAUGCCCUUACAGGGAAAAUCAAUGCCACUCCAAUCUAUGAAGUUAUUGGUGCUCGCAUAAGCUAUGUGAAGUCUGAGUGGCAGUUAAGGUGCACCAUUGGUGACAUGAAUGCCUGCAACACUCCAGGAUAUGCAGAAACAUUUGAAGUAACUAGUUAUGUAAGAUUUAUCCUAGUGCCAGGCAACACACCAGAGAGACUGCCAAGGUACAAGGACAGCAAGUAUUAUGACACCUGUUCCAAGGACGUGUGUUGGGAGGCCUUUAUUUACCCCCUCUCCUCCAGAUACGAGGGUGUGGAUAAGGAACAGGUGCUUGUACAAGUUCUUCUCAUCAUCGUCAUCCUCGUAGGUUUCCUCAUAUUCCUCAGACCAUGGUGGUACAUUUUAUGAUAGUGAAUUCUGCUAGAUUCUGUGAUAAUGAUUUAUAACUAUAAAGGUACAAGACUGCUGUAUGGGAUGUCAUAAAGUGUAAAAGUAUGGAUUAUGAUUGUGACUAUAGGAGAUGGUUUUGAGGGAGGUAGUAUAGUAGAUAGUACAUUGCCAGGUUAAAGUGGAUGAAGUUGAAAAUUAUUUCAGUUGGAGAGUCUGGGAUUUGUGAAAACUUGAGAUUAUUAUUGAUUGAUACAAAUGGAGGGUCACUCCACUUUGUGUACAUUUAAAUGAAGCAAGAUGGCCAAGAAUUACUAUUGUGAUAAUGUUCAAAUGCUCAUCAAUUCAUACACAAUGUACGCAGCACAUGGAAACAAAAUUCUGUCCAUUUUGCAUCAUCUCUUGUAAGACAUUUGGUUGUGAUAAUUGAUGAUUUUAGAAUACAAUUACAAUGAUGAUCAUUUGUCUAUUUUUAGACAAAUUGAUAAGUCUGGUGUAUUUGUAAAAAUGUUGGGUGAGUGAGAACACAAUAUACAAGUGCUUGUUGGAGAGAAAGGUGUUAGUGAUUUCUUUGUUAAUCAUGUAUUGAAAUUUACAUGUAGAUAGGUAUACUCAAAUAAAUUAUUUUUAUAUUAA